UCCGCCAUUGACUAUGAGUUGUGAAAUAAAACAACAACAUGAGAAUUGCCCAUCUUUGAUCGAUGAUAAUGAUAAUGAUAACAAUAAAUUAUAUGGGGGAUCAAGAAGAAAAAGAGAAAAUUUGUUGGUGAAACAUGAGUUGCAAUUGCCCGAACUGCCAAGUGAUAUUUGGGUUGAGAUAAUGGGGAAAUUGCCAAUUAAGUCUCUUUAUGGUUUUAAAUGUGUCUCCAAGGCAUGGCACUCCCAUGUUUCUCACGUUUUGACUACCCAAAAAGGAAUAGACCUUCCUCCUUAUGGUCUUUUUUUCACGAUUUUGCAUGACACAUCUAUUGAUGAUGAUGAUGAUGAUUUUCAUGACCGAAAUCGUACGUUUUACUUGGCUUUUUUGUCCCUUGUUGGUGACUACAAGUUAACUAAAUGGUCCCUUACCGAUUUUGAAACUGAAAGUGCUAUCGUGACUAUCGGUGACCACGAGAAUACCCAAUAUGAUCAUGGUAGUGGUAGUGGUAGUGGGUGGUUGUUGGGGAACUUAACUUUAGAAUUUGGCACCAUGAUGAGCGUGAUCUCGAAAGUUGGAGAUGGAUGCUAUUGGAAUGUGCACAGGGGCUUAUUCCUUGGCGUCCUUGACCCUCAUACUUUUGUAGUAUAUAACCCUGCCACCAAAGAGUCCUUUUACCUCUCUAAACCUGCUUCUAAAGGGCUCUCCGCACGUAUUCAUCAUCAAUCUUUCGGAUUGUCCUCUCUCAACGGAAUGUAAUUUUAGGGUUCUCCGGUUUUUUAGGGUUUGUUAUGAGACAAAAGGGAUGGUAUUUGUUGAGGUUUAUUCUUCUAACAAGCGUGAAUGGUGUGUGUCCAAGUUCCGCCUCAAAAAGGCGGUCAUUUUUGAAAAAUGGGCCGUGUCUAGUGGCGUGUUUGUUAACAACACUUUAUUUUUCUUGACGAACAAGAGGCAUGCUGUGGGAGUGCAAUUCCAUUCAAGCGGGCAAGUAAGCAGGGUUUACUCUUUACGCCUGCCAAGGCGUAUUAAAAGGGGCUUUUGUGAAUCGAACUUGUGUGGAUCUCAGGGAUGUCUCUAUAUUUCCUACAAUAAGUCUCCUAAUCUAUGGAUUUGGAAACACACAGGAAGUUCAACACGCUCUGAUGCUUGGAUCCCACAACUUAUAUUCAAGAAAUCGGUUGAGAAGAUUGUUGAGCUGAAUGAAGGAGAAGUGCCUUUGGUGGGAGCUCACUUCAUGUAUGCACCAUGCUUCGCAUCAUUCAAUUGUCUUAAGCCAGCAAAUCAAGAUCAUUGCAAGUAAUGUAGGAGAUUCUAUUUGCUUUAAACUUAAUUGCCAUUCACCCUUUCUUAAAUUCGUUGCUGCUGAAUAAAUAUAUUUAAGCUUUCUGUUUUGCAAUUACGUUGUGUAAUUACAAAUCAAAAUUGUCAAUGUAGUGAUGUGCUUUGAUUUAUAAAUUUUGAUCUUAUUG